CCUGCACCACCUUCAGCUGGCUAGCAAGCAUACGAAACUUCGCUGAUGCAUCCAGCACUUGCGGUGCCCGAGCUCGUCCAGGAAAUCUUCACCCAUAUUGAGGAUCGUGAUGGUCUCGAUGCCUUUACUACACUUAUAGAGAAGAACAGGGCGUUCGCGAGGCUCGCGCGGACGUGCAAAGCUUUCAAGAGGCCUGCUAUCGAAGAGCUCUGGGCAGAUGCUGCCGUGUACCACCUAGUCAACAGCCUGAUUCCCCAUCGAUUAGUCAUGCGAAGACAUGGGGACCCUGAUCCGUACGGAUGGAGUACGACAUUCCGACAGACCAAAACGUGGAUAGCAGACGUCGAACCCUUGACUCCUCGUGAUAUCGAUGUCAUCCGCGAAUAUUCGUCCUGUAUUCGUACAUUACGUUUCCCCUCGUUGUUCACCAUCCCCAUCGCGGGGCCAGUCCUUCGUGCACUCGCAUCUCUGCCCGGAGGCGUGGAGAGGACAUUUCCUAAGCUCCGAUCCGUCGUCGUCACCGAUUGGCUAGAUGGCGUCAUUCUGCAAGACUACCUGCCCUUCGUAACACAUGCCAGCUUUCUGGAUCUGGAGUUUUCAGAACAGGGUCUCACUAACGCGGGCAUUGACUUCCUGUCCAAGUUCACAUCCCGCCAUGGCCCAGCUGUAUAUGGUCUUGAUUUGAGCUUUGCGUCCGUACUCACGAAACCAGCGUCCCGAGAGCUGCUCCCCAAGCUUUGUCUGAAUAUCCUUCGCCUUGACCACCUCCGUACGCUGGUGUGUACUGAUUUGGACCAACCCACUCUCCUGCACGUCUCUCGACUCCCGAACCUUGUAUCACUUAACUUUAAGAACAUCCUCGACCUCAGCACUACGCCGAUCUUAUCAUUCCCCGCGCUCGAAUCAUUGACCACAAAACUCUAUGACUUCUCAGCCGUACUGUUCUUUCUCCGAAAACUGUCUCGGUUUCCGUCUUCGAUCCAAGUCCCAUCAUGGGACACGACAACGAUUUCGGAUUCGGAAGCCCUUUUCAGCAUCCUUGCUAGUCGACGAGACACAAAACUACGAAGUAUCACCCAAGCACACCAGGGGGGCGGUUUCCAAAAUGCUCAUGAGUUCCUGACCCUGCGUACCAUCCAGCCACUUCUCGUCUUUACGUCUUUGACGGUCUUUGAAUGGUAUUCACCAAGCGGUGUUCUGAUCACGGAUGCAGAUCUUGGCCUGAUCGCGCACACUUGGCCUCACCUUGAGCGGCUUCGCCUUAUUUCUAAAACCCACAACUAUAUUCCCGUCGCCACGCUGGACGGCGUCUUCACCAUGGCCAAACUAUGUCCUCGUCUCCAGAGCCUCACUCUGCCUGUAGACGCCUCAAAGCUGUCCGGUAUCGCCCCCGACGAUCCCGCAGACGGGCUUUGUCACAGGCGCCUGCAGUGGUUGAACAUGGGCACGUGCUGCAUCAACGCGAAAGACCAAGCAAAGCUCGCGUUUAUAUUAGCACAGGGUUUCCCGCACCUAGACAGCGUAGGCCUUGAUGUGCAAGACCCGGAAAAUAUUGGCGGAAGCAGGACCGUGGUCGGUGUUCAUAUCGGUCGUGCACUCAAAUAUCUUCGUUGCGCUAAAGAGGAGGGUAUCAUUAAGUCAUGGGCGGAGGACGAAAGCAGGAUCCGGGAGAUGCUUGUUCGGUUUUUUGGGCAGGCUUGUCGUGUUGAUUCUGACUUGACCCAUACUUGAGGUAUACCGGCGUAGCACGAGCUUUACUUACGACUUAACGGGUAAGCUAAGUAUUCGGUACGAAAGCUUCGUGCUCAUGUCCGUGCACUUUCUCUGAGGAAUGCAUGAGAUAUGAUGUCAG